AUGUCUGAAGGUAAAGAUAUCUCCCAGAAGGAUGUAGCAAUGACCAGCAAAGAUGAAGUACCCCCAACCUCUCUCAGGAAGCAAAUUACUAAAGAUACCGAAAUAGAGCCUUUAGAGUUGGAAAAAUAAAAAGCAAGAAAAGAAAAUAGCAGAAAGUGAAGUCCAGCUCAUGCUUAACAGAAUAAAAAGGCUUGAACUCGAAGAAGAGAGAGCAAGAAAAAGCAUCAAACAAACUCAAGAGAAAUCACUCAAGUUGAUGGAAGCCAAGAAGAGACACGAAGAAGAACUUAAGAAAAAAGCGAAGAUCAAAGAAGCCAAGAGAAAGGAAGAAGAGGCCAAAAGAGAAAGAUUUAAUAAAGAACGUAAAGAGAGACAAGAGAAAAUCUUAAAGAAUAAGAAAGACUUUGAGCUUGCCAAUAAAAUGAGAAGAGAUCAAGCCCUCAAGGAGAGACAAGCCAAUCUUAAAGCAGUAGAUGAAUAUAGACAGUUAACUCAGAAGGAGAAGGAUGAGAUCAACAAGAAAGCUCAAGAAUCCAGACAUAAGAUGAUCAACAAACUUACUAAAAUUGAGCAAGAAAAGCAGAGCACAACUAAAAAUUUCUACAAGAAGAGAGUCAAUGAUACUGGGAAAGAGCUAAACCAGAAUCUUAAGCUCCUAAAGUCCCUAGAAAAGAAAGAAAAAGAGAUAAUUGACAGACUGAAGAAUACCUAUCAGAAACAAGAGAAUGAAAUAAAAUAAACUUGAAGAAAUAGAGAAUUCUUCCAAGCAAGGAUUCUAUCAAAGAAAGCCUGCUUCUCCUGAACAUAACAGGAUGAGAAAUACUGCUGCAAGCUCUAACUUCCAAAUGAGUCCAAAGAAGGAUACUAAGACAAACCAAUCAUUUGGAGAAGCUGCCAAAAUAGAGAAGCCGAAAACUACAACUAUGCCUAAAGAGGAAAAGAAGGUCCCAAAAGUGAAGGAGGAGAAGAAGGAAGAAAUAGUAGAGGAGGUCAAGAAAGAAGUCCCUCCUCCAAAGGAGCCUGAGCCUGAACCUCAAAGUGAUAACGAUGAAAUUUCAGAGAAGCAAGAGGAGAUAGCAGAGGAUGAACCUAUAGAAGAUAAGGUUGAAAUCUCUGAACACUCAGAUAACUAA